AUGUGGGCUUUGAAUGUAUUCAAGCAGACGAUGCUUCAAUCUGCGCAUAAGCAAGCCAACAAGACAGCCUUAUUUGGUCGACAAACUGCGGGUGCACAGAUUGAUCGAAUUGGGACGCUGUUACUUGAGAAAAAAAGCCUUGAGCGGAAACGGCCUGGUAGUGCACAAGCGUAUGAUAAUAGUGGUUCAGUGGUUUGCUCGAAACGGGCAAGAAUAAUGAAAGGAAAACUACUUAAUUUAUUGCCAGUUCUAUCUGACCAAAAUAACUAUGAAAGUGAAAAUGUGAAAAAUGAAAGGAUCCUGAUAUCGCUUGACAAAACCACGAAUUGCAUCUUUGGCCAGUGUAGUCCUGCAGCGCUUAGUUCGCAUGAAUCAACUGGUGACGAAUGCAAUGAAGACCUUGGUGAUUCUAGUAAAUAUAACCUUUUCAGUUCGUUAUCUAGCUUGCCAGUUUUACUGACGAAUGUUUCGCCUUCAACAUCAGCCCAGACAUUCUGCUCGGUACCAGGGAGGUUGUCACUGCUAUGUGCGUCCAGCAAAUACAAAGUUAGCGUUGCGGAGUUAGCUCGGAGGCUUUCGCCGCCGGAAUCACUGAAUGCUUCUUUAUUAGGUGGAAUAUUGAGGAGAGCUAAGUCAAAAAAUGGUGGACAAACGCUGCGUGAUCAAUUGGAACGUAUUGGCUUAAAGUUGCCUGCUGGACGAAGAAAGUCAACAAAUGUAACUUUACUGACAUCUUUGGUAGAAGGAGAAGCACAACAUCUUGCGAAGGAUUUCGCAAAUGCAUGUUCAACUGAAUUUCCUGCAAAAUCGAUUGCUCAGUGCAGACUUAAAAAAUGCGUUACAAUGUCUGUUAUGGAACUGGAAAAAGAAAAAGAAAAAUUCCGAACAACAAAGCAGUUGCUUUCUGGUUUUAUGGAUAUGUUGCGGCAGGAUAAUGUUUUAUUGUCGGACAAACGGGAUAAUAAGAUGCAGAGUUCCAUGGAAAGGUUUUCCCUGAUAACUCAUACUUUUGGCACACCGGCAAUCUUGGCAGGAUUAUCAACAUUUUUAAUGUAUGUACAAGAAUCACUGGAUAUAUUGUCGCAUCAGAGCACAGUGACAGGAUUUCCUAUGGAAAAUUUUCUGGGUUCAAAUGUCUUUUGUUCACAGCAGAUCAAUGGCAUAUGUUCAAAUGAUGGAAUAAAGAAGUUUGAUAAUCGAAACUAG